GACUUUUUGUCCAACCCACAAACCUUUCAUGGAUCUUUCGAAAGCUACUACUACUUAACCUUAGUUGCAGAGAGCCACCCUCGGUGGGAAAUUCUAUCUUGGAGUAUCUGCCAUGGCCGCCGCCCUGAAAGCUGGAAGCCGACCGCCAUGGGUUGGUCUUGCAGCGGCUGUUUGGGUCCAAAUAGCCGCCGGAAACGCCUAUGCUUUCCCUCUUUACUCCCACACCCUCAAAUCCGUAUUAGGUCUUUCUCAACAACAGCUCACCAUUCUUGGUGUUGCUAAUGAUUUUGGGGAAAAUGUUGGUAUUCUUCCUGGACUUGCAUCUAACAAAUACCCACCUUGGCUUGUUCUUUUGGUCGGAGUUUUUGCUUCUUUCAUCGGUUAUGGUGUCAUUUGGCUUGCUGUGAGUCAGACAGUUCUUAAUAUGCCUUAUUGGGUUUUGUGGGUUGCACUUGCUAUUGCCACCAACAGCAGCGCGUGGUUGGGCACGGCAGUGCUCGUUACCAACAUGAGGAAUUUCCCGCUCAGUAGGGGCACGGUUGCUGGUGUUCUCAAGGGUUAUGUUGGCCUCAGUGCUGCGGUUGUCACAGAGCUGUACACGAUGGUGCUUAAAGGAUCAGCUUCGGCUUUAUUGCUCUUCUUUACACUCGGUAUUCCUGUUACAUGUUUGGCUUUGAUGUAUUAUGUUCGGCCGUGUACUCCUGCUUCUGAAGCAGACCCAUCGGAAAAUGCCCAUUUUCUUUUCACUCAAGGGGCUAGUCUCGUGCUUGCAAUCUUUCUUUUAACGACCACGAUUCUGAAAGACGUUCUGGAUCUAAGCAAUGCCAUUUCUUACACUUUUGUUGCGAUAAUGGUGGUUCUUUUAAUGGCACCUCUUGCGAUUCCGAUCAAAAUGACUAUAUUUCCGUCUAGCAAGAAGUUUAACCGCCCAGCUGGUUCUUCGGGCAAUUUGGUCUCAGAGGAGACUGCAGCCGAUCCAUUGAUGACAUCAGCUUUUUCAGCCACAAAUCUUACAAGCCUCAAUGAGGGCGAAGAGAUCUCGGAUGUCGAUCUGCUUCUUGCUGUAGGAGAAGGGGCUGUGAAAAUUAAGAAGAAACGAAGACCGAGAAGAGGGGAAGAUUUUACGUUUCGCGAAGCCAUUGUUAAGGCUGAUUUCUGGCUUCUGUGGUUGGUUUAUUUCCUUGGUGUCGGCUCUGGAGUCACGGUUCUUAAUAAUUUGGCCCAGAUUGGGGUUUCGCUUGGUUUUAACGAUACGACAUCGCUGUUGAGUCUAUUCAGUUUCUGCAAUUUCCUCGGCCGUCUUGGAGGAGGUGCUCUUUCGGAAUACUUUGUAAGAUCGAAGACGAUUCCACGCACAUUUUGGACGGUCAUAACGCAAAUAAUCAUGGUAAUGACAUAUCUUUUAUAUGCAUCAGCUCUUAAUGGGACACUUUAUGCUGCAACAGCAUUGCUCGGAAUCUGCUAUGGUGUUCAGUUUGCUGUUAUGAUCCCGACUUCAUCUGAGCUUUUUGGAUUGAAAAAUUUCGGCAUAAUAUUCAACUUUAUGGGGCUCGGAAACCCGAUUGGCGCCCUUCUCUUUUCUGGGAUGCUCGCUGGUUACGUUUACGACACAGAAGAAGCUAAGCAAGGCGGGUCCAUGUGCAUGGGCCCAAACUGUUUCCGGCUCACCUUUCUGGUUCUUGCAGGUGUCUGUGGUUUAAGUGCGAUCUUGAGCUUAGUAUUAACCAUCAGGAUUAGACCGGUUUACCAAAUGCUUUAUGCCGGUGGUUCGUUCCGUUUACCACAAAGCUCCAACAAUUGAAGAUUAGGGUUUCUUGUGAUGAGUCAACCAUAAAGAGAAUUGUUAAUGUUUUUGAGCAUGAUCAUCUCCAAAAGUUGCAGGGCAACCUAACUUCAGUUUAAUAUGUGUAUUGCUGAUGUAAAAUCAAAACAACUCUCUUCAUUUGGUAGUGCUGACAUGUACCAUGAGCCAUGUUAUUAAAUUUGGGAAAUUUAACGAAAUAGCUAAUCUCAUCAACCAAAUUCACUUUUUAGCUCACCUUUUAGAGCCCCUUCUAAAACAGUGUCUACUGUUUGGUAUGCAUUUGUGUAAAGACUGGUUUUGGGGUGGGCGGAUCCUUAGGGAUAUGUGUAAGGUUUCUUUACGUAGAAAUUUGAAUCCUUUAAAACGAGAAUUCAGUUGAAAAA